GUGUUUGUGUGUGUGUAUGUGUGUUGGUGAAUGUGAGUACGGAGGAGCAGCGUCCGCCAUUUCAGAGAGCUAGCCGACGCUGUCGCAGGGGUGGAUCCUGAGCUGCCAAAGCCGCUGCCCUGCUCACCCGCGCGGGCUCCUUUAAUCCCAUUGUUUCUUUUAGAUUCGCUUGGGCCUAGACGCCCUCGGGGCCCGAUAUUCGGGUUGGGCGGUACCGCGGCCUGGGCCUAGGGGCUUAACAGUAGCAACAGCGGCGGCGGCGGCGGCAGCAGACUUCCCGAAUCGAGCACAGGCGCGCGAAAGCCCGCACAGGCGUGUAGAGAAAAUGGCAGACGAUAUUGAUAUUGAAGCAAUGCUUGAGGCUCCUUACAAGAAGACUUGCCUAACGAUAUCUCACCUCUACUCCCAUGAAUUCACCUUUGAUUCCAGUGUGAACUGUCAAUCAUAAGGAUGAGAACAAGUUGAGCAGUGCUAACGGCCAUGAAGAACGUAGCAAAAAACAAAGUUUCUGCCUCCUUGGAAAGCUCUACAUCUCCUUGUGAUUGGAGUGUGGGUUUCAAGAUUCCAGAAGGUGGAAAAAAAAGCAAGAGCAGAAGCCGUAGUCAUGAACGAAAAAGAAGCAAAAGUAAGGAACGGAAGCGAAGUAGAGAUAGAGAGAGGAAAAAGAGCAAAAGCCGGGAACGGAAACGAAGUAGAAGCAAAGAAAGGAGACGAAGCCGCUCACGAAGUCGAGAUAGAAGAUUCCGAGGCCGAUACAGAAGUCCCUACUCCGGACCAAAAUUUAACAGUGCCAUCCGAGGAAAGAUUGGGUUGCCUCAUAGCAUCAAAUUAAGCAGAAGACGUUCCCGAAGCAAAAGUCCAUUCAGAAAAGACAAGAGCCCUGUGAGGGAACCUAUUGAUAAUCUAACUCCUGAGGAAAGAGACGCAAGGACAGUUUUCUGCAUGCAACUGGCAGCAAGAAUUCGACCACGGGAUUUGGAAGAGUUUUUCUCUACAGUAGGAAAGGUUCGAGAUGUGAGGAUGAUUUCUGAUAGAAAUUCAAGACGUUCCAAAGGAAUUGCUUAUGUGGAAUUUGUUGAUGUUAGUUCAGUGCCUCUAGCAAUUGGAUUAACUGGCCAGCGUGUUUUAGGAGUGCCAAUUAUAGUACAGGCCUCACAGGCAGAAAAAAACAGAGCUGCUGCAAUGGCAAACAAUUUACAAAAGGGAAGUGCUGGACCUAUGAGGCUCUAUGUGGGCUCAUUACACUUUAACAUAACUGAAGAUAUGCUUCGGGGGAUCUUUGAGCCUUUUGGAAGGAUUGAAAGUAUUCAGCUCAUGAUGGAUAGUGAAACUGGUCGAUCUAAGGGAUAUGGAUUCAUUACAUUUUCUGAUUCAGAAUGUGCCAAGAAAGCUCUGGAACAGCUUAAUGGAUUUGAACUAGCUGGGAGGCCAAUGAAAGUUGGUCAUGUUACUGAACGAACGGAUGCUUCUAGUGCUAGUUCAUUUUUGGACAGUGACGAACUAGAAAGGACUGGAAUUGACUUGGGAACAACUGGUCGUCUCCAAUUGAUGGCAAGACUUGCAGAGGGUACAGGACUGCAGAUCCCACCAGCAGCACAGCAGGCUUUACAAAUGAGUGGCUCUUUGGCAUUUGGUGCUGUGGCAGAAUUCUCUUUUGUUAUAGAUUUGCAAACACGACUUUCCCAACAGACUGAAGCCUCAGCUUUAGCUGCAGCUGCAUCUGUUCAACCACUGGCAACACAGUGUUUCCAACUUUCUAACAUGUUUAACCCUCAAACAGAAGAAGAAGUUGGAUGGGAUACAGAGAUUAAAGAUGAUGUGAUUGAAGAAUGUAAUAAACAUGGAGGAGUUAUUCAUAUUUAUGUUGACAAAAAUUCAGCUCAGGGCAAUGUGUAUGUGAAGUGCCCAUCUAUUGCUGCAGCUAUUGCUGCUGUCAAUGCAUUGCAUGGUAGAUGGUUUGCUGGUAAAAUGAUAACUGCAGCGUAUGUACCUCUUCCAACUUACCACAACCUCUUUCCAGAUUCUAUGACAGCAACACAACUACUGGUUCCAAGUAGACGAUGAAGGAAGAUAUAGUCCCUUAUGUAUAUAGCUUUUUUUUUUUCUUGAGAAUUCAUCUUGAGUUAUCUUUUAUUUAGAUAAAAAUAAAGAGGCAAGGGUCUACUGUCAUUUGUAUACAACUCCUGUUAUCUUGAAAAAUAAAAAUGUUAACAGGAAUGCAGUGUGCUCAUUCUCCCUAAAUAGCAAAUCCUACUUUAUGCAAAGCUGUUUGCUUGUUCUGCCGUUUUAAAUGUCCAUGUAGAAAAUUACAUUAAGGAUCUAUAGAAUAGCUCUAGGGAAACAUGUGCUUUCUGUGUAAAAGCAGACAGGUAACGUUUGAAUGUUCCAGAAGCCUGACUUUUUACACAGCACUUAGAUUUCACAUUCCUUCAUGUAUUGGCUCAUGGUUCAGCAAAGGUUUCUGGAAUGUACAUUUAGUUUUGAAAAGUCUAGGCAGCCAAGACGCUCUUUAGCAUCUCACCUUGAUCAUUUGGCAAGAAGGGGAUUUCAAAAUUAUAUUUCUUGAUGGUAACUUUUCAAUUAAUGUAUCUGUAAAAGUUUCUUUGUAAAUACUGUGUGUUUUAGUGUGUCUUGAGAUUCCAAACAAAAUGAUCCCUGCAUUUCCUGAAGAUGGUUGAUGUAACAGUUUGAGCAAAGCAGUCUGGGGAAGAGAUAGGAAAUGCAGAAAUAGGUUUUGUCUGGUUGCAUAUAAUCUUUGCUCUUUUAAGCUCUGUGAGCUCUGAAAUAUAUUUUUGGGUUACUUCAGUGUGUUUGACAAGACAGCUUGAUAUUUCUAUCAAACAAAUGACUUUCAUAUUGCAACAAUCUUUGUAAGAACCACACAAAUAAAAUUCUCUGAAAAAGG